AAUUCAAGUCUUUGAACUGCAUUAUGACUCUGCCUCUACAGUCUUGUUUCUUUUAAAGCUUUUUCUAUUUUAGCCGACUUGUUUUGAUGUUUGUUUCUUAACCCUAUAAUGCCGUAUGUAUCAUAUUUGGUACAUGAACUUCUGAGACCCAUUGCAUCACUAUGAUACAUAAACUUUGCAUAUAACCCUUUUGUAUACAAUCUGAUACUUGUCCUCUGCCCCCUGGUGGAAAAAAAAUGUAUUACAAGAAUUCUGACAUACGGUUUUUCCGAAUUCAAAAUGGCAGAAUUUCAUUAGUACCAUGCUGAUCAUGCCAAGAUCCAAGAUACUGGUCAUUUGAUGCUUUUAAGAUGGCUAAAAGGAAGUUCUCUACUGAAGAUGUCCUGCGCUUCCUUGAUGGGAAUGUGAGCGAAAUAGAGGACCUAAUAGAGACAGAGGAUGAAGUGGAUGAUAAGACUUGGACUCCCGGUGCUGAGCCUGGUGAUGGCAGCUCGAGUAGUAGCAAUGAAGGGGGUGAAAAUAUUGACCAGAGAACUGAAACUGAAGAAGCGGUUCCAACAGUGACACAGGCAACAAAGAGGCUUGGAAGAGGCAAAGUAAAACGUAAAGAGAAGAGGAAGAAGACACAUACAGCUGAAAGUGAUGACAGUACAAGCUCAGAAGUAGAGACUUCAACAGCAACACAUACCAAAAGAGCAAAGAAAUCUGCAAAAAAGAAAAUGAAAAAGAGGGAUUACAGAUGGAGAAAGGUCGACUUUGAAUCACCAGAUGUUCAAUUUAAUGACAGUGCAGAUGAAACCAUUGAGGAAAGGUCUGAGUUUACACCAUAUAUGUACUUCAAGCAAUUCGUUACAAAUGAAAUGCUACAACUUGUUGUAGACCAAACAAACCUGUACAGUGUGCAGAAAGAUGGAAAGUCAAUCAACACAACUGUCAAAGAAAUUGAGCAAGUUCUUGGUAUGUACAUGUUCAUGGGUUUGGUGCAGAUGCCCAAUGUAAGAGCCUACUGGGAAAUGGAUACAAGGUACCCUAAAGUUGCAGAUGUGAUGUCACGGGACCGAUUUCAGAAAUUGCUAACACUGCUCCACUUUGAAGACAAUCUCUGUGUCACUGAAGAUGCAAUGAAGGACAAAAUAUGGAAAGUCAGGCCAUGGCUUGAAAAGCUUCGACAGCAAUGCCUUCAAAUACAUCCUGAAGAAAAUCACGCAGUCGACGAGAUUAUAGUUCCUUUCAAGGGGAAAUCUCAGCUGAAAGUCUACAUGCCAGGAAAACCCCACAAAUGGGGGUUCAAAAUGUGGGAACGUGCAGGACAAAGUGGAUUCCUGUAUGACUUUGACAUCUGUCAAGGGCCAGCAGAUCCAAAAAAGGAAAAGUCUGAUGUUGGUGUGAGUGGAGACGUGGUUCUCAAAUUGACAUCAACCCUUCGCGCUGGAAAGAACUACAAAGUGUUUGCAGACAACUACUUCACAUCACUUCCACUGCUGGAACAGCUGCGGGAGAGAGAGAUUUACUAUGUUGGCACCAUCAGAAUGAAGAGGGUAAAAAACUGCAAAAUGAUGGAGGAAAAAGACCUGAAAGCACAGGGAAGAGGGUCCAUGGAUCACAGAGUGAACCAAAAUGGCAUGAUCAUCGUCCGAUGGUGUGACAACAAAGCUGUCAACCUGGUGUACUCUUUUGUCGGAAUCACGCCCCAAAGUGUGGUGAAACGCUGGGAUCGGAAGACGAAGAAUUAUCUCAUGGUUCCCAGACCAGCCAUCGUGGAGACCUACAACUGA